GUUUAGACAAUACAAAAAUCUUACGAACGUAAAUUCAAACUUGAUAAUGUAUCAAAUAUAAACACUUUUCAAUAUUUUAUUUUGUAUUAAUUUCUUGGAUUUUAUUUGUAAAAUUUCAUGAUUGUGGGUAGAUGGCUCGAGGAAAACUGAUCGUGAAAUUUAUAGAGAAUGAGAAGGCUCGAGCUACAACACUUAGGAAGCGAAUGAAAGGAUUGAAAAAGAAGGCGUACGAGUUCUCCAUCCUUUGCGACGUGAAGGUAUGUAUGAUCAUUUUUGAACCCAAGUUGAAGGGCAGCCCCGCCAAGGUUGAAGUUUGGCCCUCAGAUCCUGUUCAGGUUAAGAGCAUCGUCGACGAAUACAAGAUUAAGGUUGCUUCGGAUGCGCAAAAGAAAAUCUUUAGCUUAUGUGAUUUUUUCAACGUACGCAUGAGAGAGGUUCAGGAUGAGGUAGCCCAAGUACGCAAAGCAAAUUUCAAAGCCAAGUUUCAAACAUGGGAUGAUCGUAUCGACGAUUUCUCCCCCGAACAAAUUGCAUCUUUUCUUACGAAACUUGAUUUGAACCUUGAAGUUGUGAAGAAGAAGAUCACGAUGAUGAAGGGAGAUGACUGGAAUCAUAUGCUAUCUGCUAAAUCGAGGAUUGUAGGUGGUUUCAAUACCCAAUCAACGCUAAACCCUUCUGAUGACAUCCCUGCAUCCUUUCAUCCUAAGAAUCUAAGCCAUUCUGAUAAUCACAUUCAAGCUCAUGCCCCUGUAAAGAUUCUAAACCAUCUUGAUCGCGUUCAAGCCUUUGCUCUAAAGAACUUGGAUUUUGGAGUAAGCAGGGAGCAGCCUCCUGUCCCUGCAGAACCUCUCAACAUACAACUACCUUCGCAUUCACCUGCUGAUGAGGCUUUGGUAAAGCUUUCCCUCAGCCUGAAUCCCAUGGAAAAUUCGAUGAAUCCUAUUGAUAAAUCGCUAAGGAUGUCGAUGAUGAAUCAUCUUGAUUUCAGACUUCAAUCAGGGGUUGCCUCUAGUAGCAGCAAGAUACCGAACAAGGUGCUGUACAAUCCCCCGCCUUCGCUUUCUGUUUGUCACGAUCCGAGAAUCGCCAUGCCAAGCAAUGUAAUGUUCAAUUCACCCACAAUUCCAGUUCAUCAUGAUCCAAGGACAGCCAUGCAAAACAACGUGAUGUUCAAGGACCCUUGGGCAUUCCAAACUCGCUUCUACGUUCCAUCCAUGCAACCAGAAGCUGCUCACAGUCGGCAACAGCUGAUGAUGCCGCUUAUGUUUCCUCAAAUGCAUCCCUUUCAGUUCGCUGAUUUCCACCUUGACAUCAAUGAAUAUGAGAUGAAAAGCAAGAAACAAAGGCUUUAGAUCAUUGGGUAAUGUCAGUGUUUGAUCAUUUCAGAAUUAUACAAA